GUGCAUGUCUGUUGCAUGGAUCAGCAGACUUUAUUUCCACACUUUUUUCUAAAGCUGUGCCACCUGUAUGCUGCUUUUCAGCCUUGUAUUCUGUAUUAUUACAGUGUCAACGUCAUCAAUUAUAGUCACUAGUCAGGUACACAACCACUUUUAUCAUAAAAGUACUUGUGUACGAGUAGAAAAACAUCAGCUACUCAUAAAGCUUCAUGAGUAAAUGAAGAUUUUCUUCAUCCACUUGGGAAUCGCAUAAAGUCAUAAAGGUAUCUUCUUCUUUUGAUUUUGCUGUGUCACUUAGUUUGGCACGCCAUUUUUCGAACGCAGCCGAACCAGUUACACCGGUCCUGAUUGCUGAUUUUCGUUCAACAUGAUGUUCUCCAAGAAAAUUUACCAUUGGAAUGCUGUAAAUGUCAUGCAGAACGGGCUCUUCCAGCGCGGUCUUAUAGUCGAUAAACUGGAAUUUGGAUGGGUUGUUGAUUUUGGUGUUGCUGGCCAACAGCCGGAGGUUAUCCCAUACAGUCAGCAAAUAUUUUUGGAUAACAACAUCAGCGCAGCUGCAUGCGGCAGCCAGGAUCCAUCGGACCGUCGAAGAAUACUUCUUAAAUUGUCAGCAAAACUGGCAUGGACUUGGUACGAAUGUACCGUAUCGCCGAAUUCAGCCCAUCGAAAUGACUAUGCUCUAGUGGAAGUGUUCCAUAAAAACGAGCGAAUUGUCACUGUCGCUCGAGCCAAUCGUCUCCACAGUCUUUCACACACAGGGAUUUUAUUAGGAAAGGACGAUAUUGUUAAAGAUGGAUUUCCUGUACACCCGUCGUUCGCUCCUCAUAGUUCGGAGGUGAUUAAUAAAUGGAGAGCAUAUUUCCGUCGCACCCAUCCUGUCGGAAUAAUAUAUAAUCAUAUCACAUUUCUUAUGCCGCGUGAUAUGGCUCUGGACUGUGACAAAAUAAUAACGAUGUUGAAGAGAGUGAAACCACAAGCGCUCAUACAUAAAAAGGAGGAAUACGACAUGCCGGACAUAGAUUGGUCGCUUUUUGACAGCGAUGAGUUUCAUUCAUUGUACGAUCGUCAGAGCCGAACAGGAGAGUUAUGGGAAUUAUGGCAGCAGAAGCUGUCAUAUUUAACCAAAAAAACUGAGCUUGAUAAAAAACGUUAUCCUUCCAUUAACGAAAUUUCGCUCAAUGUUCUUACGGAUAUAAUGACGCUUCUCGAUGGAAGACACCAAGCAACUGCACGUUCCGUGUGCUCUGCCUGGAACACCGCUGCGGUAUCGGCUGACUGUGCUAAAAGUGUUACAGUUAAUUAUUCCCGCUGUAUUCGCCCCCGAAAUCCAUAUAUGUUUAUGUCGCUGCUGUGCCACUGCAUCACUCCUGCAACGCAAUAUGUCCUUUUUACCGGUCACGACAUCCUUUCUUCGCUUCCAUUACUCUCUGAUCUACGAACCUUCAAACCGAUGCCGCGGACAUUUGUGUUCUCCAACACUACACUUAGAUGCAGUUUGCCAUUUGAAGGCACCGUUGUGGAUGCCCACGAAAAGACACUGGAUAAGCUUCGCACGUCACUUGCACAAAAUUAUGGAGCCGUCUUUUAGCCGGUUGAUUUUGUACAAUGUCACACUGCGGGAUUUCUUCGUACCUUCCAGCGUAGGUUUUGUGAAUCGCAAAGCGAUAGAUCCAGCCUUUUUGGAUUUGACCAUUAGACGCGCCGCUGUGAACGUACACGAAGAAAUCGCGUUUAGCGACGUGUUUAAGACAGCCGCGCCUGCACUUCCCGAUUUCAACGUUUCGCCUUAUCAAACUAUUUUCCGGCGCCUGUCGGACUGGAUUACCGAUGCAAAUGGCAAUUCUGUUCGAGAAAAGGAGAUCAUGACCGUUUCAAAGAAAUGGGAAACAGGCGAUAUUUACUUCGAACGACAUACGGAAGGGACUGAACUGGUGGUAAACUUUAACGAAAACGCGACAAAGUUGCACCGAAUCACCUUUUGGGCACUGCUAGCAUUGUCGAGGACGUUGACGCCAGAACGAGAGCGUUCGCUUCGCCGCUGUGUUGAGUACUAGUGAAAGGAGAGCAUCGAUGAAAACAGUGACUUGAAUCCAGUCGACAAACGUGCGUACCAAUUGAAGCCCAUAGCGAGACUUUGACUGUGGAGAUGCGUUUACUGCUGAUAACAUUUGCAAGAGAGAGAUUACCCGCGUAUUGACAACAAAAAUGGAACGGACUUAACAACUG